AUACGGAAAAAUUGUAUUCGCAAGCUACUCAGGAAAUUCUGGAUCCAUACGGUAAAACUUACACUUGGGACGUUAAAGUAAGUGUUAUGGGGUUGCAGACCCAGCAAGUUGCUGAAGCUAUAGUUGCUGCUUAUAAAUUACCUAUAAGCUGGGAAGAAUAUGCACAAAGACAACGGGAGCGAACAGAAAUUUUAAUGACAGAAGCUGAAUUAAUGCCAGGUGCAGAGCGAUUACUGAGGCAUCUCAAUGCUAAUAAGAUUCCCAUAGCAUUGGCUACUAGUUCUGGCGAGCAUAUGGUUGAAAUAAAAGUUACUAAUCAUCGCGACAUAUUCGAACUUUUUCAUCAUCGUGUUUGUGGGUCUACUGACCCAGAAGUUAAAGCAGGCAAACCUUCUCCUGACAUAUUUCUUAUAGCUGCUUCUCGUUUCUCGGAUAAACCUGACUCAUCAAACUGUCUUGUGUUUGAAGACGCCCCAAAUGGCGUACAGGCAGCCUUAAAAGCAGGGAUGCAAGUUGUGAUGGUACCAGAUGAACUAAUAACGGAAGAGUUACACAAGGGAGCAACUCAGGUGUUGAAGUCUUUAGAAGAUUUUAAUCCCGAAGAUUUUGGCUUGCCGCCUUUUCCAAUAAUUGGCUAAGUUAUAAUUUAAAACCAAAAAAUUAUAUUGUUUAUCUUAUACAAGAGCUUAAUAAAAUUCAAAUUAGAUGUG